AGUUGGAGAGGCGCGAGAUACUUCCGAAAUGUCAGAAAAUAUGCCAGUUUCUAUGGAGAAAACAUACAAUACAAAAGAGUUAUGGACCAACGCAGUGAGAAAAGUAUCGAACGGAAGGAAGAGGAAAUCGCAUUUUUCUUCAAUCGCUUUUUCUGUAAUAGAAUCGAACAAACAAAUAAAGAAGGAUGUCUCGUUUUCGCCACCAGCAUCUCCACGAAAUUCUAAUCUAAAACAUGACAACACCGAUAGGAGUCUGAGCAAACACCUGUCCAUACCACUGAGCGACACCGAGUCCUUAAAAAAUGGUAAACUCGACGAUCAUGUGGAUUCCUUUACUCAUAGCCUCAACAUGGACAAGGGGAUAGUUGGGGUGGACGAAGACACGUACUCGGCCAUGCACAAAGCUGACUUCGCUACGGUAUUCAAAAGAGGACUGAUGUACAAGGGGAUUUACUGGCCAUGUCUCACCAAUAGUUUCCAUUGCAAGCACCUGGAGCUGGCUUAUCUGAGGUAUUCGCAUAGGCAACGACAGAAGGCGCUGAUUAUUGUAAAUAUCGUCGAUCUUCUUUUGAAGGUAGCCCUUAUAAUUGUAUGGGCCCUGCACCCCACUCAAGUAAACAAUAUAGAUCUACGCUCCAACGCGGACACAAUAAUUUGGUCGGUGUGCUGCAUGUCCAUUAACAUAGCCGUUUGCGUACUGGGCUGGUGGCGAUGUUUCGCCAACAACUACCUACACUGGGCCGCCGUAUGUACGUGGCUGCUGCUAACUACACAGAGUUUCGUUGGAAAAGGAGUGGGAUUUGGAGUAAAGGAGGACCUGGUAUGGUACGUCUUGUUCACAAUUUUCGUCCCAUACGCCAUGCUACCACUCCCUCUACGAUGGUGCAUGAUAGCUGGAUUUCUUUCAUCUGUAGGCCAUGUCAUUGUCAUAGCGAUUGAAAUUUAUAGCGGUGAAUACCAGUGCGUCGACAGUGAAAAUUGCAAAAUAAGGAGAAUAAUAGGAAACAUCCUCUUGUACAUUUGCGUCAAUUUCGCGGGAAUGUACACGAAAUAUUUGACCGACCGAAGCCAGAGAAUAGCGUUCCUAGAGACGCACAGGUCUAUGGAAACCAGAUACAAGACGCAGAGCGAAAAUGACAAGCAAGAAAAAUUGCUUUUAUCAGUAUUACCCGACUUCGUAGCAAAAGAAAUGAUAAGAGACAUCGAAAGGGAGGAAAGGGGCGGCGCAUUUCAACCCCAUCAGUUUCACAAGAUCUACAUCCACAGAUAUGAAAACGUCAGUGUUUUAUUCGCCGACAUCAAAGGAUUUACAGUUCUAGCUACUAAGUGCACUGCUCAAGAGUUAGUUAAGAUCCUAAACGAGCUCUUUGCCAGAUUUGAUAAAUUAGCAGCUGAAAAUUAUUGUUUGAGAAUAAAGUUAUUGGGAGAUUGCUACUACUGCGUUUCUGGUCUACCAACUCCUCGAUCUGAUCAUGCUCACUGUUGCGUAGAAAUGGGGCUACACAUGAUCAAAGCUAUAAAAGACACCCGAUACAAAACACAGGUAGAUGACCUAGACAUGAGAAUUGGAAUCCAUUCGGGAUCUGUGCUAUGUGGUGUCAUAGGAUUAAGAAAAUGGCAAUUCGAUAUUUGGUCAUCAGACGUCAGACUGGCUAACCACAUGGAAUCAGGUGGAAAACCAGGGCAGGUUCAUAUCUCAGAGGCUACUUACCAGUGUCUAAAUGGAGCAUACGAGGUAGAACCAGGCAGUGGUCAAGACAGAGACUCAUACUUAAGGGAACAUGAUGUCACAACUUACUUGAUAAAGCAAGUAGAACCAAUGAGACCUCGGAGGCGUUUGACCUCCAGACCCAGCAUAUUUUCUAACAAACUAUGGCCUGAAGAAGAUAUCAAAAGUGGUUUCAGCUCACCAAAAACUCCUUCCACACCGGCUUCACCCCCUCCGCCACCCUCAAGAGAAAGAAGCGACAGUGGGAUACAGCACAGUGCGGUAGAAGAUGAAAAUACUACGGACUGGACCCCAGAAAUACCUUUCGAAAACUUGCAUCGCGCUUUGUCGGGCGAUUUAGACGAAGAAAUGGACACGAUUUCUUAUAAACAGAAAUAUGAACCAAGCGAUCCAAGGUUGAGAAAAAGAGGAUCGACCCUAGCCUCCACGGCAGAGCAGAUUGACGAUAUUAUAGAUCACAGUAUAGAGAUAGAAAGCAACAAAAGAAUGAGAAAUGCCAACGUCAAUCCGUGGACCCUCAGGUUCAUCGACACAGAUAUGGAAUACCAGUUCAGUCAGUUAAGGGAAGACAUGUUCAAAUCCAACAUGAUAUGUUGCUUCAUUAUUUGGUUAUUCAUCGUGAUUUGUCAAGUAACAAUAACCAAUCUAGAAGAGUUCGUAAUAACUUCUUUAGUAAUCGCAACGGUAAUAUUGACUUCCACAUCGAUCCUAGUAAUGGCUGAGGAAUUCCAACAGUUUCCUGAAUCGCUGCAACGAAUCUCCUCCACUCUGGUCCACAACAGAGACAGAAGAACCGCCUUCAUUUGUGGAGUCAUCGUAAUAAUGUCCCUAGCUAGUUCUAUUAGCUUAGUUAAUAUCAAUUCCAAGAAUACAACAGUUGCAACAAAUACUACACCGACCGCUUCUUUCGCUUACCUCGUCCGAAAUGCGGAGACUGCACCAAAUCAAUCCAUUGUGCUGAAUCUUUCUGUAAAUGCCACCAUCAAUAACAAUUAUACCAUAAACAUAAGUAAUAGUUCAACUUGUGCAGGGGACUGCAUCAAGAACAUCCUUGAAAAGAUAGGAUUAAACGAAAUUAUAGAAGAUGCGGAGAAUAUCACCAAAUUGACAAACGCAACGUCGCAAGCAAUAAAAAAUCUCAAUAAAAAACUGUCUAAUAUUAGUCAUCUAGUUGAAACCAAGGAAGUUGUAGUAACAGAAAAAAAUAUUACUUUAUUCCGAAGAAAAAGAAGCACUGCAACUACUACCACGGAUAUACCAUUAACAACUGAUAAUACAUCCACAAAUGUUCCUGAUACUGGGACUAGUACACUACAUAGUUGCAGACAUCCCGAAUACAUAGUCUUCACAUGGGUGCUGUGUUUGAUUGCACUUGCUACUGCUCUGAAAUUGUACUAUUUGAUAAAACUGUUUCUGGCUGCGGUGAUGGUAGGGAUAUACACAGUUCUAAUCCUCCUGCCAUACAAUGAAGCUUUCAAUAAUCUUCACAGCAAAGUAGACGAUCAGGUGAUACCAAUGUCUGCCCAAAUGUUAAUAUUGCUGACUGUAUUCUUCCUCAUGGUGGCAUAUCAUGCCAGAUUGGUUGAGGUCACUUCCCGAUUGGAUUUUUUGUGGAAACAGCAAGCAGAAAGGGAACUCAAUGACAUGGAAGAAACUAGGCAUAAUAACACUCAGCUUUUGAAGAAUAUCCUGCCAGAUCACGUGGCGCAACACUUUCUUUCUAACGACAGAAACGGAGAGGAAUUAUAUUCUCAGUACAGGGAAGAAGUUGGCGUUUUAUUCGGAAGUAUACCAAAUUUUACAGACUUUUAUUCUGAAGACAUAAAUAAAGGCGUUGAGUGCAUUCGCCUUUUAAAUGAAAUAAUAGCUGAUUUCGAUGAACUUCUCGACGAGGAACGAUUCAGUUCGAUAGAAAAAAUAAAAACCGUGAGUGCUACAGCAACGUAUAUGGCAGCUUCUGGUCUGAACCCCACGCAUAAAGACUGUCGAAAUUCUGAUGGUCCAGAACAUCUUUGCGCUCUAGUGGAUUUCGCAAUAAUGAUGCGCCUGAAACUAGAGGAGAUAAAUAAGGACUCAUUCAACAAUUUCGGCCUGAGAGUGGGCAUAUCUUGCGGUCCACUUGUGUGCGGGGUGAUCGGGGCUAGAAAGCCAGUGUUCGAUAUUUGGGGAGAUACAGUCAACCUCGCUUCCCGUAUGGACUCGACUGGAUCUAUCGGGACCAUACAGGUGCCUAAAGAGACUGCACAGAUCCUAGGUGUCAGAGGAUAUGAGCUCAAGAAACGAGGAAUAGUAGAUGUAAAAGGAAAGGGUCUUAUGGAGACAUAUUUUGUCAUAGGCAGACAAGUUAAGCGGCCGCCGAGUUUCCAGCGACAGCCAAGUCAUUAUAGUAGCUUGGCAGCUGUUGUGUAUGCUCUGGCUCAAACUAGGCGGAAACACACUGGGAACACACCUGGGAGCACGGUGCUAGGGCGAGCGAGAACGCAGCAAAAUGGCAGCAAAAAGAUCAUGAAUUACAGCUCCAUGAGGAUCACUCAUAAAACUGGAGGGUAUCCUGUUAGGAGAAACACCACUAGAGCCAAUCAGAGGAAUAUGCACGCAAGGUCUCAACCAAACAUGAGGCAACUCUCAGGCUCCGGCUACUACCUAGAGAACAUGAAGUCCAUGAAGUCCAUCGACAGAGACCCCACGUCCAACACGAUAAAUCGGAUGGCGAUAUCCCAAUCAGCCCCCCACACCCCCGUCUCGGCCCCAAGCCACAACGAAGCGUCCAUCUUCAAGUCCGUACCCCGUUUACUGUCCGAGCCUAUCGUGAACCGUUCCAAGAACUCUUCUCCAAACACCAAGACCAGCAAGCUGGAACGGAUGACUUCCUUAGCCACGGACAAGAAGACCGACGGUUACAAUUCAACCGACCAGAGCGACAGCUUCAAGAUAAAAAAUUCAGGAGGGGUGGUACCGGUGCAUUCUCCUAAACAUUUAUGUAAAAGGGAGUCGAAGUUUUCUCUGAAGUCCCCACUGAUCAAGCGCGAGACUAAGAUCCAACUGGAGAAUUCCUUAAAUAGGGAUAAACUGAACAAAGUGCAUUCGUUGGAUGGGACGCAUGUGUAAAUUUUGUUUGUGUACCUACCUAUGUAUUUAUUAGCCUAAUCUUCAAGCUGUCUUUGAUUUAAUACAGUCCAGUAUUUGUCCAGUAUGACAGUAAAAUAAAUCCUAGGCUUAGGGAAAAUUAAAUCUAAAAUAUAUGCCGGGCAUACAACUACUCCAAGUAAUUUGCAUCAGUUGAUUAAUUUACCUAAUUACAACUAUACAGGGUGUUCAGAAAUGUUGAGAAAAAAUUAAGGGGUGAUUCCACACUUAAAAGUAACUGUACAAGAUCCUGCGAAGCAAUAACGUUUUUUCUUAUGGAUCAUGGGUCUAUCGUCCUUUGAUUUUGAGAUUCAAAGCGUCAAAGAUGAUUUUGUAAAUGUAGGUAAUUUUAGCCAUUACCUUCUCCAAAAAGCAAUGUACUGCCCUAAAAUUUGGUACAAAUAUGGUGGUGGUUUUUGAAGGUGCUAAGUGCGUCACUGUGAUUAGUUUUUAAUCAUCUGCUAGAGGUCGCUAGCUACUAACUCUCCCACUGACAUUGUAUGAGCUAACUUUUUUGAGGUUAAGUUUCGUACAGCGUAUUCAUUGCACACAACAGAGGUACUCUUGUUAAAAUCACCGAAAACGCAUCAGGUUUUUUUUUAGAAAACCAUACUUAACCCCCAUUAUCAACAAACUUCUAUUCCUUAAUGUACAGGUUGUCCGGAAUUAACUUCAAGGAUAGUUUUCUUGGAAGAAUAAACCGAUUUGGAACAAGUUGCAUUAGUCUUGCUUCCUUAAAAAGUUACAGGUCUUCAAAAAAUUUGUUUUAUUUUAUUGUGGACAAAACCAAAAAUAAGCACUUACGUUUCUAGUCAAACCUUAACCUGUAUUAAGAGACACCUCUCUCUUCUUCAGAAGAAACCCUAAAACUAGAAAUUAAGUCAUCUGUCUGGUAUUUAUCAAGUGUACAAAAAAGUUCGUCACGUUUCCAAUAGAUGUCGAUGUCUAAAAGACAGUUAUGAGUUAGUUACCAAUUAUUGUACUGUUGCCUGUAACCUACGUACACAAGAUAUUUAUUAGGAAAAUAGAUAGUGUUCUUAACUAAAAUGAAAAUGGAAGUAAAUAUUGUGCAUAUACGGCAUUGUCUACUUUUCGAGUUUCACCAAGGAAACAGUGCAGCUGAAGCUCAUACAACUAUUUGGUUGACUUAUGAUGAAUGUAUUAUUGAUGAAAACACGCGUCGGAAAAGGUUUCGAAAAUUUUAAAACGGAGAUUUCGAUUUGGAUGAUAAACCACGCUCUGGUAGUCCUCAAAAAGCCAGUGACAUUGAAUUGCAAGAGCUACUGGACCAAGACAUUGCACAAAUACAACAUCAACUUGCACUGACUUUAGGCGUAACCUAAUAACAAGCUAUUUCUGAGAAAGACUACAUGCGUUAGGGAGAAGUCAAAAAGAAGGAAGAAGGGUCCCACAUGACUGAAGAGCAAUGUGAAAGAUGAGUUGACACGUAUCUCUCAUUGCUUUCAAGACAGAAAAAGAAGAAUUUUUUGUAGAAAUUCGUUACAGGAGAUUGAAAAAUGGAUUUACUAUGAAAAUCCUAAACAGCCGACAUCAACAACACCAAACCGCAAUGUUUACGGUAAAAAGGUAUUGCUCAAUGGGAUUACUGGACAUGGGCGUCGACCAGUGAUAUUGCAGCAUGACAAUGCUCGGCCCCACAUAGAAGCUCCGUUGUCUCGCAAAUCAUAAAUAAACAGCUAUGGGAAAGUUUACCACAUCCGGCGUACUCACCAGACAUUGCACCAAACGACUACCGCCGUUUUUCAAUCGUUACAAAACAACUUAAUGGAGCAGUAAUUCCAGAACGAAUAUGAGUUUUGAAAAGUAGUCUUUGAAAUCAUUGCGUCAAAAGACCAAGCCUCUCGCCAAGGAAUCUAUGAGCUGCCUACGCGUCGGGAGAAAGUAGUAGAAGCUAAUGGUCACUACAUUUAAUGAGAUUUGUAAAAAUCACGGGACGAACUCUUUUGUACACUCAAUAUACUUACUGUGUGCACUGAUGUACGGCUUUCUUGAAGUAUUGUAGAUGGUAUUAAUAUUGAGUUUCCUUAAGAAUCGGCCUAUUUUGUUAGUACAUCUUUAAAUAUGGGGCAGGCAUGCUGACGCCAAAUAUUCAAUUUCUUUCCUUGUCCUUAAGUGUACUUCUGAUGGCUCUUUCAUUAUUUCUGAUCUGUAACUGAUUCCUCUAAGAACUAAUCGUAAGUGCUCGUUUACAAGUACAAUAAGUAUUCUUAGAAAGACAGUACCUAUUAAAGAUUUCUUUAUGGAAAAAAAUCAGCGCUCUCAAAACCUCCGUAUCUUGUAGCCAGUAAAUAUCGUUGUACGUUACUGAAAAUUCCAAUUGAUCUCUAAUUCCGCUUUACCCCACUUUCCCCUAAAUUUUAAUGGUCGCCUCAAAAGGUAUGCGUUUUUUCAUCGGAAACGGUUAACGUUAACGACUUGGAAUAACAUAACAUUUUUUGUAGCAUACUUUAAUAACCUUUAAUGAAGCUUAAGGUUUUAACAUUUUUAUGAUUUCUUUUUUUUUUUUCGUCAACAAAAGUACCAAAUUUGAAAAAAUCUCUUGACUGAAUCAAUAAAGUUGUCACAAUAUUAAUUUAAAAAAACCUCUGGUGUUAUGUAACUUCAUUAAUACUGUUUUCAAAACAGUGUUGUAGAAAUGCAUUACUUUUAUUAGAAUCACUCCCUAAAUGAUUUACUCAUAGUUUGCGGACUCCCUGGGAAAAAUUUUUAUUUCUAAAAACGAAGAACCAGACUUUAACAAAGGACGUUCUAUCCUUCAGUAUUUUACCAGAAAUCACCAAGACUUUUUUCUGUAACACAUAAUUUACGGAAAUCUACUUUUUAUCAAGUACCUACCUUGAGUCAUGUGUUAAAGUUUUGGAAGGAUCCAUUUUAAUCGUUGUCCUCUAGCUAAAUCGACGAUAUUUUUUUGAAUUCUGUCCUAAAUAAAUAUAAACCAAGUAACACAAUUUUUAAUUAAUAAUCCUUUACGACUGAUGAAUAAAUAUACUUGAUUAAUAUGAAGAUUGAUUUUAAGGUUGAAUUCAUUUUGCCUGUCAAUUUUAAUACAAUCUUUUAUACAAUAACAACAAAAUAAUUAACUAAAUGAAAGCAAACAUGAAAAUCAAUUAUAUAAAGUAGGUUUUAACCAACAAGAUGCAAUUUGUUUUAUAUUUUUGUAAAGCUAUUAGUUCUCUAACUAAAUAAUAUGUGUACAUGGAUGUAUUUCAUUAAAGAAAUCUAGUCAUUCCAUUAGAACAUGUAAGGACGUUUAAAAUCGUCUCUAAUUUUUAACUGUGUAUUUAAAAUAUAAGAAAAGUGUAUACAUUAAAUAAUAUAUAAGUUUAUUGAU